UUGGUUUUCCGAGAGUCUGCUCGUCAGCUAUCAGUUAAUUGGCAUCACAGAGACAGCAGAUCCCACGGAGCAGCUCCAACUCACUUUGUUUCUGUGGCGCUUUCUGUCGUAUGCUCUAAUGUUCUGUCUCUCUAUUGCUGGGAUGAGGACGGAGAACUCCAUUAUUCUCACAACAGUAGUGGCACUCAUUCAGAUUUCUAUGGUGGAUAGAACUCAGUCAGAAAAUGUCCAGGUUCUGUAUCCUUGGAGGCUGAAAUCAGCAACUGAAGGCUUGACAAGAAUUAGAAGAGCCUGGGUCAUUCCUCCUAUUGCAGUCUCUGAAAACAGCAGGAAGAUCCCAUUCCAGUUAGUUCAGAUUAAAUCAGACAAGCUUCCGAGUAAGGUGAUCUACAGCAUUAAGGGACCUGGGGUGGAUGAAGAGCCAAAGGGAAUCUUCACCAUUGACCCUGACACUGGACUUGUCUUUCUGACCACAGUGCUGGACCGUGAAGAGAAGAGCAGUUACAAGAUCAAAGCUUACGCUGUCAAUGAGGCUGGAAUGCCUUUGGAAGAGCCUACAGAUCUAGAGAUUAUUGUUAUUGAUCAGAAUGAUAACAGACCAACCUUUGACCAGCAAUAUUUCAUUGGACAUGUUCUUGAGGGAUCACCUCCAGGGACGCUGGUAAUGCGAGUGACUGCUUCUGAUGCUGAUGACCCUCAGACUGAUAAUGCGGCUCUAGGCUACUCAAUAGUGGGUGAUGGAAGAGGAAUUUUCCGAAUUGAUCCUGCGACUGGAGAGAUUCGAACGGUUGGAGUGGGUCUGGAUCGGGAGAAUAUUUCUGUGUAUAAUUUGACUCUACAAGUGGCAGAUCUGUCAGGUGAAGGACUCUCCACCACCGCCACUGCAGUUAUCUUCAUUGAUGACAUCAAUGACAAUGCCCCAGAGUUUAUUGCCAACGAGUUCAAUGUUGAAGUAUCAGAGGACAUGGUGGGAGCAGAGAUUGGCCACAUCAGCGUGAUGGACAAGGAUCAACCUGGAACACUGAACUGGCUUGUAGACUACACGAUUAUUGAUGGCAAUGACAGUGGACUUUUCAGCAUCAAGACUGAGCCGGACACCAACAGAGGCAUCUUAUUUGUUGAAAAAAGUCUGGAUUAUGAGAAGGCCGACAAACAUAUCCUGACUAUAGAAGUGAAGAACAGGGAAGCCGUCAGUCCUGGCGCACCUCAAACUCUCCGUUCCUCAGCUAAAGUCAUUGUGACAGUUACAGACGUGAAUGAAGCUCCUAGGUUUGUGGAAGACCCCCGAGAACUGAAUGUUCCAGAAGGUUUAACAGCGGGAAGCUUUCUAACAGUCUACACUGUCACUGAUCCAGACACCAAACAACAACAAAAUAUCAGUUACGGGAUUCAGUAUGAUCCUGCCGAUUGGUUAAUGGUGGACGUGAAUACAGGGGAGAUAUUUGUUCAGCAGAAGAUUCAGCGUGGCUCUCCAUUCCUGUUCAAACAUCGGUACACAGCUGUUAUCACAGCCACGGACAACGGAGAGCCACCACAUACAGCAACAGGAACCCUGGAGAUUCAUGUGACUGAGGUCAACGAUUUCCCUCCUGUUCUAUACCCACAACAUGGCUUUUUGUGCAGUCAGUGGGACAAGGAUGAUGGAGUCCUCCUCUGGGCAUUGGAUGGAGACCUUGAGCCUCAUGCUGAACCCUUUCAUUUUGAGAUUGUUCCCGAUGACUCUGAAUAUUCCCAGAACUGGACAAUCAGCCACUUAAAUGACACACAUUCUCAGCUGAGAGCUCGGCAGGAUGUCAGUGAAGGAACUUAUAGCCUCCAGAUUCGUGUGAGUGACUCAGGGCAGCCACGUCUAAGCCAGGACCACACCCUGAAUGUGACCAUUUGUUUCUGCAGUGUGAAAGGAGAUUGUACACCUGGAGCAGCUGCAAUUCUUGGUACCCAUGUGGGUCUGAGCUUUGGAGCUGCAAUGGUUAUUCUCACCAGCGUUCUGCUCUUACUUUUUCUCAUUCUGCUUGUGGCAGUUUCUGACUGUCUUCACCGCCGUCUCCACCACAAGGGACUCCUGGCUGCUUCUGAAGAUGACAUUCGGGACAACAUUUUAAACUACAACGAACAGGGAGGAGGAGAGGAAGAUCAGGAUGCCUAUAACAUUGACCAAUUAAGGAAUCCAGAUGAGGUCUUGCCCUCAACCCCAAUCAGAGGAAAGCAGCCAAUCAGAAGAGAUGCACCAUUUAAUUAUGGGCAACCACAUUAUCCAAAAAGACCCCCUGCUAACCCCAAUGACAUCAAGGAUUUCAUCAAUGAGGGAUUGGAUGCAGCUGAUAACGACCCAAAUGCACCCCCGUAUGACACUGCUCUGAUCUACGAUUAUGAGGGUGAGGGCUCUCUGGCUGAGACUCUGAGUUCCAUCACAUCCAGGGCUUCUGACUCAGACCAGGAUUAUGACUACCUUAGUGAUUGGGGCCCUCGUUUCAAGAAGCUAGCUGAUAUGUAUGGAGAUCACUAAUUGUCAGUCCAACUGAGAUCUCCAAAACUUCAAUCUGAGGAAAUGUAUUAUUCCAACUGAAUCACUAAAUGUCUGAAAUUAUUCUCAUUCUUUGCCAAUAACUUGUACAGUUUCUCAUCUGAAUUCUGAGCCAUGACUCUGUGAUAUGGAACACAACUGUCAAACUUUUAUCUUAGGGGUCAGUGGGUAAGGAUGAUAUCAUAUUGUAAACUCAGUCUGUCACACAGGCAUUCCAUACCAUGCUAAUAAUGAAAACACUGGGAGAUUAAAAGGGUAAGAGGUGAAUGAGAGCAAGAGAGAAAGGGAAAAAGAGAGGGAAUGAGCAAGGAGGGAAUGAGCAAGGGAAUCAGACAAAGACAAAAUGGGAUGUGGAAAGGUGACCCAGCAAGACAGGAAAAGCAAACCGAUAAGGAGAGAGACAGUGGAUGGAGAACACUGUGUGUCAAACACUGCAAAGUAACAUGCAACACAAAGCCAGUGUCUAACUAGUUGCCAAAUUGGAUGGGGUUCUGUGUGUUUGAGAGAGGGUGGGAAGUUGGAUGGGGGAGAAGGUGGGGAGGAGGUAGAUGGAGUACUGUGUGUCAAUGCAGCUAAUGCCAGGUGGGACAGUUUUAGAGUCAGUUUUGAUCUUGACCUGUUAUUUUUGUUGCUUUGUUUAUGGAUCAACAUUAAAAUGUUAAGUAUUGAGCUGACUGACUCAAUAAGUUUCCAUUGUACCUGUAACUAUUUCAGCAACCCUUAUGGUCAGCAUCAGUUUUCCCAGUUUUCUUUCCUGUGAGCUAUCCUUUAUAUUUCCAGUAUUAAAUUUCAUUGGCCUUUUGUUUUGCCAACUGUCAAA